CACCCACAUCCCACACAUACUCACACGCCUUCACCCUCCCCCGCUGCACACAUAUCGAAUAAAGAAAAGAGACAAAUUCACAGCAAACACACAUUCCAUAAAGCAUUGUAACUUAUACUCCCACACAAAGCAAAAACACACGCAUACACACACACAGAGGCACGCGCAUUAACAAGCACUCUGUAACAAGUAAAUAUACAGCGCAUAUAUGUAUUUACAAGUUGUAUACAUAUGUAUAUAUAUAUAUGUAUAGACAUCUAGUGGAAGUUCACUAGUGCAAUUAUACACCGUUUGUGUGUGCUGUGUACAUUUCGGAGACAACUUGCCCACAACUGGCACCAUAACACAGAGUAAUAUCACACCUGUAUAAGUACACAUACACACACAUAGAAACUAAUAAAAACAGCAACGUACACGACAUACCACAUACAUAUACCCUUAGCUAUCUACCAAUCUACCUAAAUGUAUAUGAUAUAAGCGCACACAAUCUCCCACGCACAACAUAACACACAUACACAUACAUAUAUACACAAUUGUAUGCAUAGACAUUUAUAUAUUUAUAUAUAUAUAUAUAUACAUGUGUGUGCGUGUGCGCGUGUUUAUAGGUAUAUUUAUAUAAACACUCACAAGCAAGUACUUGCGCACAAACACGUAUAUAUAUAUAUAUAUAUUUAUAAUUCUUAAAAAACUUUGCCUUCACUCGUCUCGCAGACGAUGAAAUAACUAACUAAACGCAAAAAUGCCAGACGCGAUAUAAACCCAGCAAAGAUUCGUAUAAAAUAUGUGCCCCAGUAUGACCAUGUUCAGGUGACUGAAAUAAGUGUCGGAAAAAUUUUAUAAGAAGCAGUAUACAUAGAGAGACGUACGGUAACACAACCAAAAUGAAGCGUGCACAAAAGAACUGAAAGGCAUAUUUUACCCCGCAAAAAAAAAAAAAGUAAUUGAAAGGGGGUCAACGAAAAAAUAAAAAAAUAAAAAGGGGUUGAAAGGGGUCAGCCUUAAGCAGCUCUAUACACAAUAAAUAAAAGUAUUCUAUUUGGCAAGGAACGCCGACGCCUUACUUAAAGACAACAAAGAAAGAAACUGACCCGUUGGAAUAAGUUUCACCCCAAAACUAUAUAUAUAUUUACAAUCUCAAGAAUAUUCCAACACCGUUCAAUAUAUAUAUAUAUAUAUAUACACACACACACAAAUAUAAAAAGACAUAAUACACACACACUCACGCGAACACACGCACACACAGACACAGACACACACACACACACACACACACACACACAUACUCGCACUUAUAGCUAGAGAUAAAUACAAAAAAAACGUCGCGCAAAAAAUAUAUAUAGCCAUAUCUAUACAAAUACACAGGUAUAUACGUAUUCGUAUUCGCAUACAUAUUGAGAUCAAGACACAUACACAUUCAAAGACAUUGCAUACACAAGGAGGAAAAAGAGAGGCUGCAGGAAAGAGAAAAAGAGCUGCAAAAAGUGACUGUAGACAUAUAUAUUUGUGUAUAUAGAUAGAUAGAUAAGCACAGUGAUUCUGGUGUGACACAUUAAAAUCAUAUCCAUACUGUGAUAUAGAUACAUACUUAUAUUACAUACAUAUAAAUAAUAUAUAUAUGCAUGUAUAAAGAGGGGGAGAAGUUUACAACACAAGUUACUUCUAUAUGAAUACACACGCACUUAUAAAUAUGUAUACCAACAAUAAAUAUUGGUAUAUAAAAAUAUAGAUUUAUAUAUAUAUAUAUAUUAUAUAUAUAUUAUAUAUAUAUACGUACAUACAUACACACAUUUAUGCGUAUAUACAGAGAAAUUACUGACUAACGUGGAACCGAUCUUAUAUAGUACAGUCAUGAAGUUUGACAAGACAUUGGAAGCUGGUCGUUUCCAAUAUUAUAUGAUUUUAGCAUUUUUGCUGCUCUUGCUGAGCCAGCUUAACUAUGCCCUCUAUUACGCAAAUGCCAAACCAAAGGGAAACUUUCCGAGACUGGGGAAACGAAAUGAACGAUUGUUCAAGGGACAUUAUAACGCCAUUCUUUCCAGUGCGACGUUCAAUGAUAAGUUGUUACACCCGAAAGAUAUCUUCAGUAAGAAACAACAAGUAUACAGCAUUGUGGAAAAUCUCGAUGCUCAUCUUAGAUCUCGUCUGCUUCAGUCAAUCAGGAACCGUUUCCUUGGAAAGAUAAAAUUGGAUUGAAUGACAAGACAGUAAUGUUACCAAUCAGGAUGAGAAUCAAACCUCGCCCGAGUUCGACCUUCAAUUGCAGCUGGCAUAACUGCCAAGUCUGCUUGCAUUAUCCCACUUCUUUGGAGAUGACCUAAAUCAAAUGUUAACCAUUUGGAAUAUUUUGAACUAUAAUAAACACGAUGGAAUAAUAAAUAAAUAAAAAUAUAAAAUAAAUAAAUAAAUAUAUAGCCAUGA